AACUGGUUGAAGCCGAGAGUCGCUCAUUAGACACGACGCUCGCGCUGCGGCUGUAUGGUGAAAACCCACUUCAAAUAUUUUACGGCUUUCUUGGGACCGGCUUUAUGGUUAAGCUACAAUCUUCAAUGAGUAAGCAUAUUCCACAGUUCUGUGGUGUAUUGGGUCACACAUUUAUGGAGUUUCUGAAGGGCAGUGGAGACUACUGCCAGGCUCAGCACGGCGUAUAUGCAGAAAAGUGAACGGCGAGCCUUGCUACCUCACUGGAAGAGAGACUUGUGUGAGUGUUUUAACGUUGGCGGGAUCGGACACGGAGAGCAGGCGUCCACAGCAGCCAGGCCGGUCUGGAUGGGGUAAAAAAUCUCCAGAAGUGCACUGCCCUCGUUGGCCCUCCGUCUCCUCGCUCACCUGAGGACCAGCCUUUUUUUAAUUUAUUAUAAUUUUUUAAAAUUUUCGUUUUCCCCUUUUUUCUUUUUCAUUCCCAGCAUUUGCUCUUUACACCAUUCUUUGGGUGAUAGUUUCUUUCUGACUCUCCGUGGCAGAAUUUUGUUUUUGGGUUGGUGAAGUAUCCUCCCUUUUUAGUCGAUUUUGGUUAAUUUUUCAUUGUCAACAAUGGCCCGUAUGAAUAGACCUGCCCCUGUGGAGAUCACCUAUAAAAAUAUGAGGUUCCUCAUCACCCACAACCCCACCAAUGCCACUCUAAAUAAAUUCAUUGAGGAACUGAAGAAGUAUGGUGUGACAACUGUUGUAAGAGUGUGUGAAGCAACGUACGAUGCCAACCUGGUGGCCAAAGAGGGCAUUCAGGUUCUGGAUUGGCCAUUUGAUGAUGGAGCUCCUCCUUCUAACCAAAUUGUUGAUGACUGGUUAAAUCUGCUAAGGAUUAAGUUUAGGGAGGAGCCAGGCUGCUGCAUUGCUGUCCACUGUGUGGCUGGCCUUGGAAGAGCUCCAGUCUUGGUUGCCCUUGCUAUGAUCGAGUGUGGAAUGAAGUAUGAAGAUGCUGUCCAAUUUAUCCGACAGAAGCGCCGUGGAGCAUUUAACAGCAAGCAGCUCUUCUACUUGGAGAAGUAUCGUCCAAAGAUGCGUCUUCGCUUCAAAGACUCGAAUGGCCAUCGCAACAACUGCUGUAUCCAGUAGAGCUUGCACACUAACCUUGCUGGAGUAGCAUUAUCCAAAUGUUUCUCUAAUGUGGGGAGUUUGCUCUCUUAAUUGGUGAACAUGUGAAAAUACUGCUAAAGAAAUGAAUCUUAUUCAUGUGUAAGUAUCCCUUUCUGUCUUGAUUUUACAUCGUGGCCACAUUGUGUGGUUUGUUGGCAAGUUUAGAGUGCUUAUGUAUGCUUGUUAAAAUUUGAAGAAGGAUGUUAAUGUGUUACAUCUCUUGUUUCAGCCAUUGGCUUCUUUGGCAAGUUGUCACAGGAGUGCCCUCUGCCAAACGAAAGGUUUUUUUUAACAUCCAUGAAACAUCACAGAAGUAUGAUUUUAAUAUUUUGUCAUUUGUGAUGAGCUUAAGUCCAUAAUGAUGCCUGCCUUCCAGUGGAUCAUAUUUAAAUGCCUUACUAAAAUGGAAAGAGGCCAUUUCAUGGGGCUAAGUCUAUGGCAUCUGGAGAAGUGAAACAGCUGGAGAUGUGUAAUGCAGGAAAAUCAUGAGUUAAAAAAAAAUCUAAAGAAUAAUUGUUGGGGGGGGGUGGGUGGGUGACAGAAGAAGUGUAUAUGGAAGGUGUGGGAUCUAGUUUGUGUUGUUGUUUAUCCAAACUUUGUUUACUAAUUACUGCCAUGUCAGUAGUGUGAUGUUUGUGUUUUGGCUUCAAACUGGACCUCUGCGAUAUUUUGUAUGCCUUUUUAUUUGAUGUGCGUAACUUAAUACUUGGAUACUUGAUUUAUGUACGGUAUUUGAAAUGUGUACUAUUAGAUUGGCUAUUUAUACUAUAAGUGGGUAUGUGUUUUAGUAUAGUGAGAAGUUGUAACUGUUCACCAACUUGAGAGAGUACAUUAAAGAAAUAAAGAAUACACUGAAAAGAC